GGUUGGGUUGUGAAGAUGGAGUGAGUUAAAGUCCCAAUCUGUCGAGAAAAUGGGAGAUCAAAUGUGCUUCGAGUGCCUUCAAAGUCGAAUCUGUGCCGAUUUCUCCGACAAAGUCAUCUUCUCCCAUGGCAUCUCUGAUUCGGCCCUCCCUUUCGGCUCAACCGGAGUUGUUCAGCAGAUGGCAAAUUAUAGCGGGGAGGUUUUACCUCAGUUCACACUGGUGUAUCUGCCCACUCGUGAAGACGAUUGCUUGGCAAAAUACAUUGAUGAAUACUGUGUGGAAGAUGGUAAGAGUAAUAAUAAUCAUGAGAGUGAUGUCAAAUUUUUGUCGGUAAUUAAUCAAGAUCAAGCAGAGGUCAGUGUUGGAACGUGGAGUGUUGAAACUCCUUCAUUAGAUACUAAAUCGAACGAAUCUCAGUGUUUGUCGAAUGGUGGCAGAAAAACAUCCCUAGGUGCAUUAGGAUGCGAAAGUACAACCUGCAACUUUUCAGGUAAGUUUUCUUGCACAAGGACGAUCACUGCUUUGGCUCCAAUUGCUCGGAUUGGCAUUUCUUCCUACUCCAUAUUUGAAGAGAUUACUUUGAACUUAUUAACUGGGUUUGUUGAAGAUCAUGUGUUGAGCUCACUGACUCGUCUGAUUGGAGGAAAAGCAACAGGAUUUGAUGGCAUAAAUUUUCUUGAGUUACUUGGGGUUCCUUCAUUUAAUGAGAAUAUCUUUCCUGGUUGUCUGAGGCAUCCGAAUGUAGCUCCUAUCUUAGGGAUGCUAAAAACACCCAAUUAUAUCAAUUUAGUGCUUCCAAAAACUCCUUACACCUUGGAAAACAUUCUUCACUAUAGCCCCGAUGCCAUCAAGUCUGAAUGGCAUAUAAGAUUUUUAAUCUACCAGCUACUCUCUGCCUUGGCUCACAUGCAUGGUUUAGGGGUUGCCCAUGGUAAUAUAUGCCCAUCCAGUAUAAUGUUGACUGAUUCAUGCUGGUCAUGGCUGUGUGUUGUUAAUAAAUCUCGGUUAUGCUCCAAAUUAGGUUCAACAAAUGAAGAUUGGUCCAUUAACCCAUCAAGAAUAGGUUACUGCAUUGAGGACUGUCUUUCUCAAGGACUUUAUGCUGAUUUGAAGCUUUUCCAAUCUAUCGAUUGGCAUUCUGGUUUUGAUCUUUGGUGGAGGGGAGAGUUGAGUAAUUUUGAGUAUCUUCUCAUCUUAAACAGAUUAUCUGGGAGAAGGUGGGGUGACCAUACAUUUCAUACUGUAAUGCCAUGGGUCAUAGAUUUCAGUGUGAAACCCGAUGAGAAUAAUGAUGUAGGGUGGCGAGACUUGACCAAGAGCAAGUGGCGGUUGGCAAAAGGUGAUGAACAAUUGGACUUCACGUAUUCAACAUCUGAAUUCCCGCAUCACGUUUCAGAUGAAUGCCUUUCUGAACUGGCUGUCUGCAGUUACAAAUCAAGGAGGCUACCCUUGAGUGUUUUGCGUAUGGCUGUUCGUUCGGUCUAUGAACCAAAUGAGUAUCCUUCUACUAUGCAAAGACUUUAUCAAUGGACCCCUGAUGAGUGUAUCCCUGAGCUCUACUGUGAUCCCCAAAUAUUUUAUUCUCUACAUUCUGGUAUGACUGAUUUGGCUGUACCCUCAUGGGCUGGUUCUCCUGAGGAGUUUAUUAAAGUACAUCGAGAUGCUUUAGAAAGCUAUCGGGUUUCAUGUCAAAUUCAUCAUUGGAUUGACAUCACUUUUGGGUACAAAAUGUCAGGUCAGGCAGCUCUUGCUGCCAAAAAUGUUAUGCUGCCUGCAUUGGACCCUACAAUGCCCAGGUCGGUAGGACGCCGUCAGCUCUUCACUCAACCACACCCUGCUCGUCAAGUUGUUACCAGGAAAAGUAGUGAUACUGCCAAUGAAGUAGCUACACCUAGGUACAUAGUCAAUGAAAUCGAGGCUGAGAAACCUCUCCUUCGUGAAACUGCUAAUUUACAGGAGUUAGAAGCAGCAGCUGCAUUUUGUGAACAUGCUCAGCAUUUGAGUCCUUUAUAUUGCUAUCAUAUAGAAAAUCUUGUAAAGAAUGACUCUUUCGUGGAAGAGCCUCCAAGUGAGAGUUUAGUGAAGAAUAUAUUCAGGACACCUGACUUUGGCUGCAAUAAUGGGUUGCCAUCUACGAUUGAUUUCAAUUUUCUUCUUGAGAAUAUUGAGGUGGAUGAUGACAAUUCUAUGGGACUGGGAUAUCAGGAGUUACUGCUUUGGAGGCAGAAAUCAUCUUGUUCCAGGACUUUUUCUGAAGAUAUUGCCAAGGACAUAUUUUCUAUUGGGUGCAUUUUAGCUGAACUUUAUCUGAGGAGGCCACUGUUUGAUUCAACCUCAUUAGCUGUGUACUUGGAGGACAGUGUUUUACCUAGAUUGAUGCACGAACUUCCCCCCCAUACUGAAGUGCUUGUUGAAGCAUGCAUUCGGAAAGACUGGAGAAGGAGGCCUUCUGCUAAAUGUCUUUUGGAAUCUCCUUACUUCCCCACAACAGUUAGAUCAUCCUACUUGUUUCUUGCGCCACUUCAACUUUUAGCAAAAGAUGGUUCCCGUCUUUGUUAUGCUGCAAGUUUUGCAAAACAAGGUGCCCUCAGAGCAAUGGGAACAUUUGCAGCUGAAAUGUGUGCUCCAUAUUGCUUACCACUUGUAGAGUCUCCUCUGUCAGAUACUGAGGCUGAGUGGGCUUGUAUUCUACUGAAAGAAUUCUUAAAAUGUCUGAAAUCUAAAGCAGUAAAGAAACUGAUCGUGCCUACCAUCCGGAAGAUUCUUCAGGCUACAGGUUAUUCACAUUUGAAGGUUUCUCUUCUCCAAGACUCAUUUGUGCGGGAAAUAUGGAACCGAAUAGGUAAACAAGCAUAUCUGGAGACAAUACAUCCUCUGGUUAUAUCAAAUUUGUACAUUGCUCCUCAUAAGAGUUCAGCUGCUGCUGCUUCUGUGCUGCUAAUUGGCUCCAGCGAAGAGCUUGGUGUACCAGUUACAAUUCAUCAGACAAUCUUGCCUCUGAUUCACUGUUUUGGGAAAGGGCUUUGUAAUGAUGGAAUUGAUGUCCUGGUUAGAAUUGGUGGUCUUUUUGGGGAGAAUUUUGUUGUCAGACACAUUCUACCAUUACUAAGAAACGUUGUUCGUUCGUGCGUUGAUGUUUCACAUGUGAAUAAGCCUGAACCAAUGCAGAGCUGGAGUACUUUAGCCAUUUCUGAUUGUUUAAUUUCAUUGAAUGGUCUCGUUGCAGUCUUGCCUAGGGAGGUGGUUGUAAAGGAGCUCUUUGAAGAUGGAAGUUGCCUGCAUCUAAUGGUUCUCAUGCUGACCAAUUUGGAAAUUUCUGUGCUUCAGGUUGCUGCUACAAGUCUCAUUGCAGUUUGUCAGCAGAUUGGACCAAAUUUAACAGCAUUGCAUGUCCUGCCAAAACUCAAGGAUCUUUUUGACGAGCUUGCUUUCUCUCAAGAAACAGCUGACAUUUCUGGUUCUCUUAGCAGAAGCUUGAAGGUUUCCAAACCAAAAUCAGAUGAGGAGGAUCAUAUUGAAAGCCGUAUGGACCUUGUGUUUCUUUUGUAUCCACAUUUUGCAUCUCUUCUCGGCAUAGAGAAACUUCGUCAGUGUUGUGCCACAUGGUUGCUUCUUGAGCAAUUCCUUCUACGGUGUCAUAACUGGAAGUGGGAAUACACAGGGGAAUCAUCUCGAAGUGGUUUGGACAAUAUUAAUGCUAAAAGGCCUGGUUUCCGCAAGAGCUCGACAUCUGAAUACAAUCCUGCUAAACUGUUGCUCAACGGGGUUGGGUGGUCAAUACCACAAUCACAAGGAAAUAGAAGUUCCAAAAACUUGAUGCCUCUUAAGCAAUUGAAUGACUUUCAGCAGAGGUCAGUCGAGAGGCAUGUAACAACCUCAAAUUUCACAAAGCUUGAACCCUGGUACUGGUUCCCUAGUCCGGCAGCUAGCUGGGAUGGGCCUGAUUUUCUGGGUCGUGUUGGGGGUCUUAAAGAUGAACUUCCAUGGAAGAUCAGGGCAUCUGUCAUUUCUUCUGUCCGUGCGCAUCAUGGAGCACUAAGGUCUGUAGCUGUUUGCCAAGAUGAGUGCACAGUUUUCACAGCAGGAGUUGGUCCAGGAUUCAAGGGAACCGUUCAGAAGUGGGACUUAUCAAGAAUCAAUUGUAUAUCUGGUUAUUAUGGCCAUGAGGAGGUCGUGAAUGACAUUUGUGUCCUAUCCUCCCUUGAAAGGGUAGCUUCUUGUGAUGGAACAAUACAUGUUUGGAAUAGCCAAACAGGGAAACUAAUAUCAGUUUUUGCUGAAUCAUCUGCUAGUUCUGCACAUUUUGCUAGCCCUUUGGCUGCUGCAUCAAAGGCAAAUACUGACCAUCCCAAUAUGCUGAAUUCCAAUCCACUAUCAAGUGGAAUAUUGACUUCUACAUUCGAUGGGAGCUUAUACACCUGUAUGCACCACUUAGAAUUUGUUGAAAAGUUUGUAGUUGGUACGGGAAAUGGUUCUCUUAGAUUUAUUGAUAUUGCUCGAGGUCAAAAACUUCAUCUAUGGAGGAGUGAAUCUGUUGAAUCCAGCUUUCCUUCCCUAAUAUCUUCCAUAUGCUCAUGUGGAUCUGACAAAAUGCAAGCUAGUGGAGCUGUGCCUUCACCAUCUUGGAUUGCUGCUGGACUUAGUUCCGGUAUUUGCAAGUUGCUUGAUGUGAGGAGUGGAAAUGUUAUUGCCUCAUGGAGGGCUCAUGAUGGAUAUGUGACAAAGUUAGCUGCACCAGAAGACAAUCUGCUUGUUUCCAGCUCUCUUGACAAGACUCUACGAAUUUGGGACUUGAGAAGGAAUCCAUCACAGUCGUCCAUUGUUAUCAGGGGUCACAAUGACAGUGUAUCUGGUUUCUCUGUGUGGGGACAAGAUGUGAUUUCAAUAUCUAGAAACAAGAUUGGGCUUUCCUCUUUAACAACUCGAACUGCAGAUGAGGAUGGGCAGCAUCGUGUGACACCUCAGCAUCUCUACAUGGCAGAUAAUGGAAUGAGGAACAUGUCUGUGUUAUCGAGUAUAAGUAUUCUGCCAUUUUCGCGACUGUUUUUCGUUGGAACAGAAGAUGGUUACUUGAGAGUCUGUUGUUAGAUUUUGCCUUCGGUUUCUAUACAUAUAUGAUUGAUUGGGAUAUGCCCAUUCUCCAAAUCAGGAAAUUGCUGGAGUAUAUUUUUUCAUUGUAAAUUAUGUAUAUCAUUCAUAUUAACUAUUUAUUUGUCUUAGUGAAAAGGCUUGCCUUAUUGACCUUCCUGAUCAACACAGCUAGUUCAAAUUUGUACC